AUGGGGAAUCUCGACACAAUAUCGUCCACGACAGUCACCAAGAACCCGACCGGAGCGCAUACAGCAUCUCUGUUAGGAAAGAACGAUCCAUACCGAGCGCUGCCCUCCCGCCGAGGAUCAUCCAACGGAAGAUCUUCUCAGCAAAUGGCCCUGCAAGCUUCUUAUUUCAAGCUUGCUGCUGCGAUAGCUGUGCUCUCAGCCUUCGCAGUUUUCGUCUACAAAAUUCUUGCACCACGGAUCAGCCUCCCUUUAAUUCCUGAACGCUGGCACCCGUUUCACAAGGGUCUUGUAUGGAUUCUCUUCAAGGACAGGGUGAAAUUCUCAGAGGAUGUCGUGUUGGACCAUGAACGGGGGUUCGCCAUUAUCAGCUCGGACCCUGGGCGAGUCUUCUGGAACACCAUACUGGGUCCGUUGAAGGAUCCAAACCCCAGGGGCCAUCUUCUGCUGUAUGACUAUGCGUCCACAGGCAGCAUCCGGCAGCUGGAGCUGGUAGGAUUUCCAACAACCGCAGAUUUUCAUCCUUUGGGAAUCAACUUCUUCCGCACCCCUGGAGAUCCUCGAAUCCGGCUCUUUGUCGUCAACCAUCGCCGCGACGGCGGCACGGUGGAGGUGAUGGAUGUUGACUACGAAUCAGCACGAGCAAUUUAUGUUACCUCGAUUUCGGACGGUGAUCGCAGCAUCUUGUCCCCCAAUGCUGUCGCCCCAGUCUCGUAUACUUCCUUCUAUGUCACGAAUGACCACUACCUGAUCAAGAGAAGGCACCCGAUCCUUGCCUACACCGAAACUGCCCUGGCGCUUCCUCUUGGUUGGGUCACCUUCGUAGACUUUGCAGCUCGGGAGACACCGGUAUGUACAAUUGCUGCUGGAGGGAUCCCUUUUGCGAAUGGCAUAGUCAUCACCCCGACGGGAAAACAAGUGCUUGUCGCAUCCACUAGUACAAACUGCGUUCGCAUCUACGAGCGUGACCCGGAGACCAAUGUUCUGUCGAGCAGAUACGAUAAAAUCCGGGUGACUUUUCACCCGGACAAUCUCAGCUUUGACUGUUCCUUGCGUUUGGAUGACCCGACGGUCUUCGAUGCAAAUGGAAGGUUCCUGCGUGGAGUUGUCGUAGCCGGUUGCCCAGAUGCUGGGAGAUUGUUUUGCAUGGCCAAGAGCGCUAAUGGCUGCAAAGCACCGUCCAUCGUGGCAGAGAUUCGUCGGGGAAAUGGAAGAGACCCGGCUCCAUAUCCUGCAGUCUUGUUCUGUUUGAAAAACAAAUACUGUGCCCGGACUCUGUACCAAAGUGAUGGCGACCACUAUCCUAGCAGUACGACGGGCGAUAUGGACUCCAAGCGAGGUCGUCUCAUUGUUACCGGGUUGUACGCUGAAGGAAUUCUCGACAUUACCUGGGAUCCAAAGAAGAACCCUGAAUUUUAA